AUGGGCAUUUCCAACAUUCGAUCUGCCUUCCGGCGGUCAUCGACCCAGGAAUCUGUUACUCAAGUCGCUGUGAGUACUGAUGGCGAAAAAAAGAGCGAACUGCCCACCGAAGUUGUUGCUGUACCCAACGAGAACAACCCUGAAGUUCCCACCGAAAAUGCACAGCAGGGUGUGAAAGACCUCGAGGCUGUGACUUUGAGCUGGACGAAGGGCAUGCUAAUUGCUGUCUUUGUAAACAUCUGGUUUCUGUACUUCGUCAAUGCUAUGCAAUCCACGAUUGGCUACAGUUUGCUCAGCUAUGUCACCUCUGACUUUGAAAGCCACUCCCUACUGAGUGUCGUCAGCAUUGUCGCAGAAGCCAUGACGGCCGCAGUGUACAUUCCCACUGCCAAGGCUAUGGACGUUUGGGGCCGUGCAGAAGGUUACCUGGUCAUGGUUAUUUUUGCAACUCUUGGUCUGAUCAUUAUGGCGGCGUGCGAAAACCUUCCCACGUACUGCGCUGCCUGGGUCUUUUACAGAAUUGGCUUCGGAGGUAUGACAUACUGUGUAGAUGUCAUCACAGCCGACAUUUCCAAGCUCAAGAAUCGAGGUUUGGCUUACGCUUUCACUGCCUCGCCAUACAUCAUCACAGCGUUCGCUGGCCCCAAGGCUGCUGAGGGCUUCUACGCAGAUAACUGGCGAUGGGCCUUUGGCGCAUUCUCGAUCAUCUUCCCCAUUGUUGCCUCCCCUCUUUUCUUCAUAUUGAAGUUCAACCUGAGGAAGGCCCAUCAGAACGGUCUUGCCGUCAGGGAGCGCAGCGGCCGGACCUUCCUCCAAAGCAUUUGGUUCUACAUCAAGGAGUUUGAUCUGUUUGGUGUUUUGGUGUUCUCUAUCGGCCUUACAAUCUUCCUCCUCCCAUUUAGCAUUUCGACUUAUGCUCCUAACGGCUGGGCAUCAGGCUACAUCAUUGCCAUGAUUGUGCUCGGAUUUGUUAUGCUUGCCGUCUUCCUUGUUUGGGAGUUCCGUUUUGCUCCCGCACCGAUGUUCAACUUUAGCCUGUUGACCGAUCGAACUAUCAUUGGUGCAUGCUUGCUCGACGCGACAUACCAGCUCUCUUACUACUGCUGGAACAACUUCUAUACCUCCUUUUUGCAGGUAGUUAACGACCUUAGUAUCUCUGAGGCCGGAUACGUUAGCAACACUUUCGACGUGGUCUCUGGCUUCCUUUUACUCGGAGUCGGAUUCGUCAUUCGCAAGACUGGUCGCUUCAAGUGGACUCUCUACAUUGCGGUCCCGCUAUACAUCUUUGCCCAGGGAUUGAUGAUCCAUUUCCGUCGUCCCAACCAAUCUGUCGGUUACCUUGUCAUGUGUCAGAUUUUCAUCUCCAUUGGUGGAUCUAUCUUCAUCAUCGUUCAGCAGCUUGCUGUCUUGGCUGCUGCCGACCACCAGCACGUUGCAACUGUUCUUGCUCUGCUGAACGUCGUGGGUACUGUCGGCAACGCUGCCGGUUCUACAAUUUCUGGCGCAAUCUGGACCAAUACAUUCUACAAAGCCCUUGAGACGAGACUUCCGGAGUCUGUGAUGGGAGACAUCGAUCUGAUCUACGAGAGUCUUGAGCAGCAGCUGUUGUAUCCCGUCGGAUCCGCCGCGAGACUGGGUAUUCAGGAAGCAUAUGCUUAUUCUCAGACAAGAAUGCUUGCUGUUGGUACCGGUCUCAUGGGUCUGUGCAUCUUCUGGACUCUCAUGAUCCGAGACAUCGACCUGAGGAAGGUUGCUCAGGUCAAGGGUACCGUGUUCUAA